AUGCUUAAGGAAAAUUAUGGUUACCCAGAUACUCUUGACUUUAGUGACAGAUAUAAAGAAGCUAUUAGAAAGUUCAAGGAAGGAAAUACUGACCCGAACCUAUUUAGCUUUAUGGUUCAGCACCAAAUGGGAUAUAAUUUCAAACCUGGAAAAUACAAGCUCGCUAAGGGAUAUGAUUUAAUAGCAUAUCAUCCAAAUGACAUGAAUGAAUUUACUCCAAGAUAUUUGGUGUCAGAGAUAAAUGAUAAUUCAACUAUCUUCAUGAAACGCGUAAAAAAUAGAGACGGAACGAAAGAAGAAAGGGUUAUGAAUGCGGAUGGCUUAAAUAGGGAACUUGUUGAAAACGGUCUCGGAAUAUAUGAAAUGCCAGCAGAUGAGGUACAAGAAACUCCACAGGAAGAAAUAGUUCAGAUACAACCAGACAUGGAAGAAAUAGUUCAGCAACAACAGCUAGAAGAGCCUGAAGGAAACGAACAAGUCACUCCUUUGGAAACUAACUUCACAGAACUAGAUGAAGAUUUGGAACAGCCGAAAAAUCUUGACCCUCAACAAGAGUAUGCGGAGAAUAUGGAAUCUUUCCAAGA